AUGCUGAGUACGCAAGAAGAAGAGUUCGUAAUAAGGGGACAGUUGAAGAAAUCAGACGGUACAAAAAUUAGUUACGAUGCUAUCCUUUUACCGAAUCGACUCUACAAGGUAGAUGAACAACAUUUUGGUGAAGCAACGAUAAGGUGUGUGCAGAAAGUGAAUGAAUCGACGUACUCAAUAGAGUUGGUGACUGAUCGAAUAACGCCGUUGGUGUGGCUGCAGCUGCUGAAUAGCGAUGGUGUGCAAGCACAUUGGUUCUCGGACAAUGCCUUUACAAUGACUGAACCCACCAAAACAGUUUGGUUGUAUCUGAUAAAGUUUGACUCGAAACGACCAUCGAUCGGUUUCGAUGAUAUUCGAGUUUGUUCACUGCGUAACUGCGGUCUUCAAACAUUUGAUUGA